AUGGCUCAUCCUCAUUUAACUGCUGAACAAUUGGAAAAUUGGAAAGAUUUAAAAGGAAAUUUUACUUUAACACCAACUUAUAUUGAUCUUAUAAAAGAUAUUUGGAAUGUAAUAUCAUGGUACUAUGCACCACGUAUGUGGAAGAAUUAUAUAUUUCCCGAAUCGUUUAUUAAUGAAAUUGCAAGACAUAUUUAUGUUUCAUUAAAUCUAGUUUAUUAUGUUAUUUAUAUAGCAAUAGGUAUAACAUUAUUAAGAUAUUCAUUUGAAAGAUUUAUUUGCAAACCAUUAGUCAAUUGGCUUGAAUUAACACCAGUAAAUAAAAAAAAAUAUCCUGAAUCAAUAUGGAAAACUGUAUUUUAUACAUUUACAUGGUCUUUUAAUCUUUACUUAUUAACUUAUCGUUAUGAUUAUUUCCAUCAACCAUACCUUAUUUGGGAUGAUUGGAUACCCGGGAUGGAUAUUCCAUUUGAUAUACAAUUAAUGUAUUUUAUUCAAUGUGGAUUUUAUUUACAUUCAGUUUAUGCAACAAUUUAUAUGGAUUAUAAACGAAAAGAUUAUUAUGCUAUGCUUCUUCAUCAUGUAUUAACGAUGGCACUUAUCUCUGUUUCUUAUGCAACACGUUAUCAUAAAGUUGGUUUACUUGUUCUUUUUGUACAUGAUAUAACCGAUAUUUGGCUUGAAUUAGCAAAAUCAUUACAUUAUAUGUCGACAAGAAAAGGUGGUCGACAAUGUCCUCAGUGGGAAAAUGCUGCAAAUGUAGUGUUUGUUAUAUUUAUUCUAACCUGGUUUUUAUUUCGUCUUUAUUGGUAUCCAUUAAGAGUUUUAUAUUCAACAGGAGUUGUUACUGCUUACCGUGUCUAUAAUAGAGGUUGUGGUUUAUAUGGAUUUUUCAAUUUCUUAUUAUUGAUAUUAUUAGGACUUAAUAUCUACUGGCUCUAUUUCAUUCUUCAAUUACUUUUUCGAGCAUUGGCUGGUACUUCAAAUGGAUUACAAGAUACACGAGAAGAGGACGAUAGCGACGAAGAAGAACCAAUACCAACAUCAACUCCAAAAGCUUCUGUUAACAAUGUUAUUAAAGAAAAGAAAACGAAAUAA